CAAUAAUUCAGUUGAUUGAAUUCAAUUUCUACAAUGGCGGCUGCACACGAUAGUGUGAUCUUGGGGUGGAAGAUGAGCUGUAUGAAUAUUGGGAUUUCCCGCCCAACGCAAUUCUCCCCGGUCUUCCUCCAUUCCUUCCCCGCUUCAGUUAGGGCUGCGAUUUUCACGAAAUUGAGGUGUCGCUCCGCCACUACAGAGGAGGCAGCGGCGGGGAACACUGACAUCUUCUCUGUGACACCGUCCACCGCCGCGGAUUUUGACUACCUCGGCGAGAGCACCAAGGGCGACCUCAAUCUCAAUUCCGCAAUUGAUGGAGAGGCGGGUUUGGACGGACCUAUUGAGGACGUGGCCAAAAUGGAAGCUCAAGAAGCCGAGCAUUUGCUUAAUCACUUGGGCAUUCCGGAUCCAUUUUCUGCUAGACAUUCUGCCCGUGGCAUUUUUUGCAGCAGGACACUUAAUCUGCGUUCUAUUAGUGCCAUUGGCUAUGACAUGGACUACACAUUGAUCCAUUAUAAUGUGGCGGCAUGGGAGGGAAGGGCUUAUGACUACUGUAUGGAAAAUCUCAGAAAUGUUGGUUUUCCUGUUGAUGGACUUGCAUUUGACCCAGAUCUGGUCAUCCGAGGCCUAGUUAUAGAUAAGGAGAAAGGGAAUUUAGUUAAAGCGGAUCGAUUUGGCUAUGUUAAGAGAGCAAUGCAUGGCACUAGAAUGUUAUCUACUCAAAAAGUGAGUGAGAUAUAUGGGAGAGAACUUGUUGAUCUACGAAAGGAAGGCCGGUGGGAAUUCCUCAAUACACUGUUCUCGGUUUCUGAGGCAGUUGCCUUUAUGCAGAUGGUGGAUAGAUUGGAUGAAGGUGCCAUAGCCGCAGACCUUGGUCCACUUGACUAUAAAGGGCUUUACAAGGCUGUUGGAAAAGCACUCUUUAGGGCACAUGUUGAAGGCCAAUUGAAGAGUGAGAUUAUGUCCAAACCUGAACUUUUUGUUGAACCUGAUCCUGAGUUACCUUUGGCUUUAUUGGACCAGAAAGAGGCUGGCAAGCGGCUCUUGCUUAUUACCAACUCAGAUUACCACUACACUGAAAAGAUGAUGCAACAUUCUUUCAAUAAAUUUCUCCCAAAUGACAUGAGCUGGAGAGAUCUGUUUGACAUUGUAAUAGUCUCGUCCAGGAAGCCAGAGUUUUUUCAGCUGUCACAGCCAAUGUACGAAGUGGUGACUGAUGAAGGUCUUAUGCGUCCAUGUUUUAAGGCGCAAACAGGGGGAGUAUACUCAGGGGGAAGUGCUCAGAUGAUUGAGAACUCACUUGGCAUUCAUGGAGAUGAAAUUUUGUAUGUUGGUGAUCAUAUAUAUACAGAUGUUAGUCAAUCCAAAGUUCAUCUUCGGUGGCGUACAGCACUAAUUUGUCGAGAACUGGAAGACGAGUAUAGUGCUCUAAUCCGUAGUCGAGAUCACCGUGCCACACUGAUAGAGCUUAUAAAUCAGAAGGAGGUCGUGGGAGACCUCUUCAACCAACUCCGCCUUGCUCUUCAAAGACGAAGUAAAGGACGUCCUGCUCAGACCAUUGCUGCUACUCAUAUGGAAAACAAAGAACUCGCUGAGAGCAUUCAGAAGCUACUCAUUGUGAUGCAGAGACUGGAUCAGAAAAUUGCUCCGCUGUUGGAAUCAGAUGGGGAGCUCUUUAAUACAAGGUGGGGUUUUCUCUCGCGAGCAGGCCUAUGGGACAAAAGCCACAUAAUGAGGCAGAUUGAGAAGUAUGCUGAUAUAUAUACCUCAAGGGUUUCAAAUUUCCUCCACUAUACCCCUUUUAUGUAUUUCAGAGCCCAAGAACAGUCUCUUGCUCAUGAUUCCUAUUCAUUCCCUCAUCACAAGUAUAAUGAUGACGAGUCAGCUUCAUAUGAGUGAGAAGUGCUCCAUACUUGCAUUGUUGUGUAAUCUUAUCAUGUUUUGCCUUAUAUGUAAGUUUAUCAAACAGCCUCUUUAUUGUGUAGUAGUAUAAUGGUAGUGGAAUAUUUAUCUUUUCUUUAUUUUUUUCACGUUUAA